AUGGGCGUUGCCGCCAACGAACUUGUCAACAAGGUUGGGAUCGAGUGGACGUUUAGAAUCUUGGGCUUUGUGCUGUGGGCGGUCUGUCUUCCGGCCGCGUACUGCAUCAAGCAGCCCUUGCUGUCCAAGUCUGCCGUUCCGCAGCUCCAGUGGUAUCGAUGGCGGGAGCCCAAGUUCGUCCUUUUCAUCCUCGGCGGAGCCAUUGCAUGCUUCCCUCUCUUCGUCCCGCCGUACUUUAUUCCCAUCUUCGCUCAAUCAGUCGGCAGCUCCGGCUCAACAGCCAUCGUUGCCCUUACGAUAUGGAAUCUUGCAUCGACGUUUGGUCGCGUGUUUGCCGGGUAUUCUGCCGAUGCAUUCCUCGGACCACUCAACAGCCUCAAUAUUUCGCUCUUGUUCUGCGGCGUGAGUGCAUUGGCAAUUUGGCCGCUUGUGACAAACAUGGGCCUGUUGGUUUUCUUCACCAUCGUCAACGGCGUUGGCUGCGGCUCCUUUUUCAGUCUGUUCCCUCUGGCGGUGGCAACUACUUUUGGGGCUCCCAAUACCAUGGGCAUUUUGCCCAUUCUGUGGCAAGCGUGGGUUUUCGGCUAUUUUCUGGGCACACCAAUUGCUGCGAGAUUGUACUCCCUGGCGGGAACUGGAACUGAUGUCAGCCUCUACCGACCGGCUGCGUACUAUGCCGGUGCUGCGUCUUUUGUCGGCAUGCUCUUCAUGGUUGCUAUUCGUCUGAUGAACUCGAAAAACAUUCUCACAAAAGUGUGA